CAAGAGAAAAACAAAGCCAAAUGUUUUUUUAUAUUUGCAAUUAAAUGCAAACGACAAAAUAAGCAUCAAAUAAUGAAUAAUUUGUGAAAAAUCGCGAAAAAACAGUGAUAUUAUGUACAACGAUUAUAUGCAGUGGUUUUGUGUGUAUAUAUGUGUUGCUCUUCAACCAUUGUAACGAAAGGUCGUGUAGUGCACACAAAAAAUGGCAAGCAAAGACUUUAUGAUAGAAUUUUUUGAUGUGUUAAAAAAUGAAAAUGCCAUUUGGCAAACAAAAAGUGAAAAAUAUAAAGACAAAUUAGAAAAACAAAAAUCAUGGGAAAAACUCGUAACAAAAUGGAAAGAGGUUGAUAAAAAUGCUUCGGUGGACCUAGUAAAAAAAAAAUAUAAUUGCCUACGAACAACGUACAGAAGGGAGCUGCAGAAGAUGCGCAAAAGCGAAAGGUCAGGUGCAGGUGCUGAGGAUAUAUACGUGCCGUCGCUGUGGUAUUUUGACCAUCUUAAUUUUUUGCUCGACCAAGAGACACAGUUGGAAGGCAUUUCUACGUUUGAUGAGACGUUUGACGCAGAAAUUGAAAAGGAACCAAAGAAAAAAAAAUUCGAUCCGACAGAUUUUCUAGAAACGGCUGUCGACCAUCUGAAAAAAACUGUCCCAAAAGCAAAUAAGGACGAGGCAGAUAUUUAUGGUGAAGCGUGGGCAGUAACAUUCCGCAAAUUAAGGCCGGAGCAAAAAAUAUAUGCAAAAAAGGUGAUGGACGAAGCCCUUGUGUACGCGCAACUAGGCAAUCUGACGCUACAAAGUUCCGUGAGCCUUGGGCAGCAACAAGUACAACAACAAGUUUACUUGCAAGUGCAACCACGGAAACCUAUGUCCAAUUUUCACCACAACAACCAAAACUCAAAGCCUUACGCGUCUGCUUCCUCAACAUAUUCGUCUUUUUCCGCAAUUUCACCUCAUGGAACACCAUCACCUUCACCAGUUUUAUCAACAAGGCCACCCAGUCGCUUCCACUUUUCGGAUGAAUCGGCAACGCCGUUAUAUGCGACACCAACACCUUCACCUGCUUAUUCAACAGUGUCAUCCCACCACAGCACCCACUUAGAUGAAACCGUGGUUGAGGAAAACCUUGCCACCAGCAGCAACACCAUCACAAGUGUUUUGUAUAGAUGUAAAUUUUGUACUAAAGCCUAUGACAAGAUCUAUUUGUUGAAUACGCACUUACGGCGGACUCACAAAAAAAGUUCAAAAAAGGAAUCCUUGUUCCUCAAAUAUGAGGUGCGUUCUGAAAAUCCGCCUCGCACCCAGUAUAAAUGUAAACUUUGUUUCAAGGAAUAUGACAAUCGUUACUCCAUCUACAGACAUGUCACACAGAUUCAUAAUCAAGACACACUUUACACCAAGAUUGUAGUGACGAAGACAACUGAUGCAACCAACGCAGGACCAGAUAAUCAUACUUUAAAUAAAGAAGAAGAAGCGGAGGAUUCAUUGAUGACCGCUAUAGAGGGUAAAGAGUUGAAGAUAGAAGAAUUUUCGCCUGAGUCAUAUACUUUGGGAAAUGAGAAAAUGGUUGUUAAUGAAAUGCCAUCAAAAUUUGAAGAUGCAACAUGGGAAGAAGAAGAAUUCAUAAAAUCCGAAAACGAAUUUAUUGACCUAUAAACAGAGAGACUUCAAACUUUAUUUAAAAUAUUGAAAAAAAAAACAACAAAUAUUUUCCUAGUUUUAAUAAGCCCAAAACUCUUACAAAUGACUUUUGUUCGUUUAAGGAAUUUAGAUAUGCAUAUGUUUCCUUAUUAUUAAUAAAUAAGCAGAUUUUGUUUUCAAGCCAGGGGAAUAAUAACAAAA